AUGGCCGAACCGAAUGCCGACCACCCGUCGUAUGAGCUGCUGGCGCGGAGGAACAACAGCUGGGACGAGAAUGACGACACGCUGUCCCAUCCCGAAGAAUCUCAAUCUCAAUCCCAAUCCCAAUCCCCAUCCCCAUCCCCUGAAGGCUCGUCUGGUGCCCCCGCGGAGGGCACCAGACCGCCACGAGUGCGAUUCCGCUCCGUCAGCAAUACCGACGAGGAUGGCAGCGAGCGACCGGCCCCGACGCGCCCGUCGAUGAUGCCGCGCGCCGACUCGGACUACUCGCUGCGAUCGGUGCACUCGUACCUGCAGCCCACCGUGACGCAGUCCAGUGACCUGGCCGACUACGACGAGCACGACGACCACGACUACCCUAAUGCCGCCGAUGCUGAAGCUGCCGCAGACACCACCAAACCCGCCCCCUCCUCGCCCACCGAAAAGGAACCCGUCGAGCCCGUGUCCGCGCGAGACCGCUGGAGGAACGCCAGCAAGCUGCUGCGCCAGAAGACGGUGCUGCUGGGCGAGCGACUGGGACGGCCGCUGGACGAUGUGGGCGACCUGGGGGCGGCGAUGCUGCCGGAGGAUCUGGAGGGAGGCCCGCCGCGCCAUCAUCGCCCCGAGGAGCAAGACCCGUUCGACAUCCACCACCGCGAGGGUGACGAGCCCCCGCCGCCCCCCAGCGCCGAGGCCCAUCGCCUGCCCAAGUCCGCCUACGCCAAAUCCGGCCAGGAGACCCCCGACGGCCUGGGCCGGCCUGACUCGUGGUACGGCGCCAGCACCCCCGGACGCAGCGGCGGCGGCGGCGGUGGCAUUCUCUCCCAGCUGCUGAAGCUGCACGCCCAGCAGGCCAACCGCGACAACAUGUCCAUGACCGACUCCGACAGCGAGUCCGUCAUCUCCUCCGGCACCGCCACCCCCCGGCGCGACUUCUCUGCCAGCACCACCGCGUCCGGCACUGCCACCCCCAAGAAGGACAAGGUGAAGUGGUACAAGAAGUCCAGCCACCACUCGACCGCCUCCCUGGUGGAGGCGUCCAUGAACCUCAGCCGCGCCAGCCUGCCCGCGUCCGCAGACACCCUCGUCAACAUCGGCCCGCCCAAGAAGAAGGGCAAGAAGCGCAAGACGCGGCUGGAGGACGAGAUCCGCGUCACCGUGCACAUCGCCGAGAUCCUGGCCCGUCAGCGCUACAUCAUGCAGCUGUGUCGCGCGCUGAUGCGGUACGGCGCCCCGACCCACCGGCUGGAGGAGUACAUGCAGAUGACGGCGCGGGUGCUGGAGGUCGAGGGCCAGUUCCUGUACCUGCCGGGGUGCAUGAUCAUGUCGUUCGAUGACCCGACCACGCGUACCGCCGAGGUCAAGCUCGUCCGCGUCGUGCAGGGCGUCGACCUGGGCCGCCUGGCCGAAACCCACAACGUGUACAAGAACGUGGUGCACGACAUGAUCGGCGUCGAGGAGGCCAUCCAGGAGCUGGACUUCAUCAUGAAGCGGCCGCCGCGCUUCAACAAGUGGAUCCUGGUGGUGACCUACGGCCUGGCCAGCGUGGCCGUCGGGCCCUUCGCCUUCGACGCGCGCCCCAUCGACAUGCCCAUCAUCUUCUUCCUCGGCUGCCUGGUCGGGCUGAUGCAGCACGUCCUCGCCCCGCGCUCGGUGCUCUACUCGAACGUCUUCGAGGUCACCGCCGCCAUCCUCACCUCCUUCCUCGCCCGCGCCUUCGGCUCCAUCUACGCGACCAUCGACGGCGAACGGCAGCGCCUCUUCUGCUUCUCCGCGCUCGCGCAAUCCUCCAUCGCACUGAUCCUGCCGGGGUUCAUGGUCCUGUGCAGCAGUCUGGAACUGCAAUCGCACCAGAUGAUCGCGGGGUCCAUCCGAAUGGUCUACAGCAUCAUCUACUCGCUCUUCCUCGGGUACGGCAUCACGGUCGGCACGACGAUCUACGGCCUGAUCGACGGCGACGCCUCCUCGCAAACCACCUGCUCGAACACCUCCGUCUGGGGCAGCAAAUACACGCAGCACUUCGUGUUCGUGCCCAUCUACGUGAUCUUCCUGGCGGUCAUCAACCAAGGCAAAUGGAAGCAAGUGCCCGUGAUGAUCGUGAUCGCGGUCUGCGGCUACGUCACCAACUACUUCAGCACGCUGAAACUGGGCUCCAACUCCGAAGUCGCCAACACGGUCGGCGCCUUCACCAUCGGCUUGCUGGGGAACCUGUACAGUCGGCUGUGGCACGGGCACGCCGCGACGGCCAUUCUGCCCGGGAUCUUUGUGCUUGUGCCGUCGGGGCUCGCGUCGAGUGGCUCGUUGCUGUCCGGGAUCGAGUACGCGAAUGAGGUGCGCGAGAAUCUGAAGUCGGGCAAUAGUUCGUCGACGAGCACUUCGGAUUCGUCGAUCGCGAGUCUGGGUUUCGGGAUGAUCCAGGUGGCGAUUGGCAUUACGGUCGGGCUGUUUAUUUCGGCGUUGAUUGUUUAUCCGUAUGGGAAGAGGAGGAGUGGGUUGUUUAGUUUUUAG